ACUGCUUGCGAAGGGGUUGAGUUUUGUGACGGGGCACGUUGUCCUUCAGCUACUCCUCAUAGCGACGGUGGGAGGAUCCAAGAUGGGGUCUGACGCGGAUGGCGGAGGAGCCGUGAGGGCAGCAGAUGCAGGCGCAGGUGCCGCGGUUGUUGCAGUGGAGGCAGCCGGUGGUGGCCAGGGCGCGCCAGGUGGCCCUGGCGACCUAGGUGGCCCCGGUGAACCCAUCCACCCUGGUGACCCUGGAGACCCUGGCGACCCUGGCGACCUCGACGGCCCAGGUGCUCCCGGAGGCCCCGGUGUCGCAGGAGAGGCGGAUGGUGCAGCCGGUGGCAUUCCCCAGAUUGAGCGGGCACCCCAGGCACCAGGGCCUGGUGGAGAUGCAGCACCCGCGGCUGGAGGUCCGGGUAAUCAGCUGCUUCAGUUCUUCUUCACUGUGCCGUUCCCGUCGCCCGUGGAGGCGGAGAUCGCCCACUGGUUCCUGACUCCAAAUGUGGAACUGCAAGGGCCAGUUCAGGAGGAGUUCAGUGUGAAUGGCAGCGUCCUGGCUGUCCGAUUGACUGCUGAAGACCCUGGCCAGCUCCGAACUUCCAUCGCCUCCUGCCUUGACCAGCUUUUCCUGGUGAUGCAGGCCAUGCAGUGCUUUGUGCCCCCGAGUUUUGCUCAGCCUCAGCAGGGCAAGGGGGGCUAACCUAACUGAUGUGUCCCGCUCUAAGCACCCUUCCCCAGGGCACUGCUCUCUGCAGUAGUUGCCGCUUUGUUAUUGGGUUCUGAUCUUUUGCCUCUUCUGGCCCUUGCGCACUCAGGGCCCAUGUAUUUUGUUUGGCAAUUAAACG